GGCAGAGGGAGCGAACUUCUGAGCAGGCUCUGCAGUGGUGCUGCUGGGCUUCUUCUGCUUUCCUUCUAGAGCAAGAGCGUGGCUUCUUCACCCGGCAUUCCUGGGAGAGAUGAAGGCUUUCAACACAGGCCCUGCCCUCCCUUACAGUGCUACAAUCCUCCCAGCUCUCACCCACCGCACCAGGUCACCCAGGGUAAAAUGGGGAAAGAUGAGAAGUCCUUCUGCCUGCACCAUCCAGACGUUCAGCUUACCGAGGGCUGCUUCUGGGGGUCUGCAGUGAGCAAGCAUUAAAAGCAAGGUGCAGGCACGCCUCUGAUGAAUGCAAAUAGAGGUUGGGCUGUGGUUUGGGAUGUGGAAUCCAGAUGCAUUUUUACAGAGACAGCGACAGGCUCCGAUCCCCAGCACAGCUUCUGUGCCAAGUGUCUCCUCUGUUCCAGCCUCUCUCAGUGCAGAAGUGCUCUUCAAAAUAAAGAGACACAAAGCUUAAACAUUCAUGAAAUUACUUCUUCAGCUUUAAUCUCCAUGAAAUAUGACCGCGCAUUUAAUGAAGGGCUGUGUUGUGUGUGUUUGUGUGUGUAACUUUUCCCUUUUGCUCCCUUCUGAAAAGAAAAAAAAAAAGAAAAAAAAAAAAGAAAAAAGAAAAGAGAAACAACUUGAGAGAGCAAUUAUGGAAAAUUUCAGGCUUAAUGGUUAAAGCGUGGCCAACUGGUAAAGUAAUUGGAAACACAAGGGUAGAAAGGAAAGUGUUUGGCAACACGGGUAUUGUGCUUUGGGAUGAAAGGUGCUAUGUAACUGGAGGACUCUUUUUUAUUGCAAGCUCUCCUCUCUGAUGUGUUAAUUGUGUUUUGCCUGAUCCCUUGACAGUUCAUUAAUUUUUGCCCAAUUGCAGGCUGUCGAGUGCAGAUAAAUUCCAGACUAUUAUGGGAACACCCUAGAAGUUUGUAUAGAAAGGAAACUCACUGUUUCCUGUAUCAUCCUUCUGGGGAUCUUGAAAGAGUUCACAAAAAACACUUAAGCGAACUUUCUUUGCUGGAUAACGGAAGGAAAGGAAACUGUGAACAAGCAAACAACACUCAAUUCCAUGAGACAAGAGAUACUCAUAGGUCACUGAGAGAAAGUGAAGUCAGUGACUGCAGUGCACACACACAGACACACAGAAACUAGCUAAUGGUACUCCCAAAAUAAUGGGAAUCUCUGCAUCUGCGCAGUGUUUUUGAUCUGUGGUGGAACAUCUGUCCCAGUGACAUGUGAAGUGUUUUAGAUGUAUCUUGAAGUUCAAAUAACAGAGUUGGAAAUGGUCAUGGAUCAGCUGAAUAGCUUCCCUUUUUUCCUGCCAUGAACAGCACAGUGAGCAGAGGUCCGUUACCACCAGCCUCGAAUUUUUUGUUACAUACAGAUGGAAAGCAAAAGUGGGAACAGCUGCACACUUUCCUAGGGCUGGCUUCAAGUGCAGAAUCCACACGGAGUUCAGGGGGCUGGGGCCAAACAACUUCAGGUGUGCGAGUGCAUCCUCCAUCUCCAAGACUGAGAAAUACCCCAUCCCUGGAGGCACUGAAGGCCAGGCUGGAUGUGGCUCUGGGCAGCCUGGUCUAGUGGUUGGCAACCCUGCCCAUGGCAAGGGGGUUGAAACUCGAUGAUCAUUGUGGUUCUUUUCAACCCAGGCCAUUCUAUGAUUCUAUGAAAUACUGGGAAUGAUGAUUUAUUAGCUUGUCCCCAUCUCUGUAUUUUAAGCCUAACGAUAUGAGUUGGCGUGUUCUCAUAAACUGUUGGACUGUAUGCUCCUGUCCAUGAUAACUUUCAAACUUCUGGGUUUCAGCAGCACUUCAGAGGGAGAUCAAAAUCACUGAGCAGAUGAAAUUCAGUGAGUUUGUUAAAUAAGUGCUAAGAGGUGGAGUUCUGCAAGGGGCUCUUCUGGAAUAUACACUUUGUGACAUUCAAUAUACAACAACCCAAAUGGUGGAGAGAACUCCUAUCUGCUUAAACCCCAGGAAAACUGCUUGAAUUUUGCAGUUUACAAUAAGCCACAAAAAUGUAAGAAGAAAUGGUCCAGAGGAACUCUUGGUUAGCAGUAAGCAGAGCAGGCUGGGAGGAAGGGAGAGAAGGGAAGCUGUACAGCGGAAUCUCAUUUCUAGGAAGUGAAGCUCAAAACAAACCAGAGGAGAUGACAGAAAGCCGAUAUCCCCUACAAAAACAGAAUCACUCCCUCAGAAGAGGGAGAUUUUGUGCAGCAGAGUAUUAAGGAUCAAUACCAAAGGGCUAGGCUGACAGGUCACUUCCAGGAGGAGAAAAGAAUACAAAUUUAAGUCAUAAAGUCAUAGAAUGGCUUGAGCUGAACUCAGUUCGAAGUCCAAAGUUCCCAAAUUUUUCACUGCAGUCCUCCAGCCAUGUUCUAUCCACAGCCCCACACUGAAAAGUUAUGGGGAACACUGCUUGCCAGAGCUCCUGAUUUGCACUGUUGAAAAAUAAACCUCCAAGGGGAACAUCACAGGCUUGUGAGACCUGUCAGAAGAGAGAUCAAGGACAGAGUGAAUUGAUGGAGCCAGCUGAGAGAUGGUAAGAACUGAUGUCUGCUCAGUACCUGCUGUAGAGCUUAAGAGAGGAUUUCUGUCUCCAAGGGUGCUGACUGGAAAUUUUUGAAAGGUAUUUAUGAAAAUAUCAAUUAUGAAAUCAUUUUUUUUCUGGCAGGUUCUGUAACAUACACUUCUGGUCUGACCAAAACCACUAACGGGAAAAAGAGAGAGGAAACUUUUGCCAGCUGGAAGAAAAUAUUUUAUUCACAUUUAGAACAAACCAUUCAGGCCAGUUCCUGUCUAACUGGGACUGGGGAGGGCCAUUUUUGCAGAAAUAAGGCUGAUUACUCGAUGACAAAAAUCAAAACUUCCCAAACCAUUUCUCCCAAUCUGCUCUCAAAGUUCUGUACAGCAUCAGGGCUUCCUUGGGGAGCUCGUUAAAACACCCUCGCUGCUAAGAACUUUCUCUCCUCUCAAUUUUGUUAACUUCUUUAUCGUAAACCAUAACGUCAUCUGCUCUAUAUGUUGCAAAUCAUCUCCAUUCAAGCUGCCACCUCCUGAAUAUCUGUCCCUCAGGCACUGGAACCCCCAUCCUCCUUUCCCACAUGUGCUCUGGCCCAAGUGAAUGCCAAAAUAUGCUUUUGGAGAGCAUCUGUCUGCACUCAGCAUCAAGACACUGACAGGUCAGAAAAGAGGACUGAGACCCGUGUAGAGAUAAAGGAUCUUUAUUUCUACUCUGAAAUAUUUAAAACAAUUUCCUUGCUUUAUUUGAUUUACUAAUCAUAGAAGAAAAACGCAAGGUUAUUAAACUUUUGGUCCUAAUGAAGCAUUUCUGGGUAUGUGAGUUAGGAUGUUAGUUGCCAGACCCCCUUCAGAAAUAAGGGAAAAAGCUGUUGAAUGGAUAGGAUCGCCCAAAUAAAAGGAGUAUCAAGGCAAGAUAGCUCUAUAAUCUUCCUGGCUUGCUUGCUGCUGACAGCAUCAUAAAAAAGAGCAAUGGCACCUCCAGGUGCCCCUCCAACAGGUUGCAUGGUAGCUCCAGGAUGAUCUGGGAAAUGUGCAAGUAAAAGGACAAAACUGCUCAUAAAGAACUGAAAAAAAACACAGCUGUUUUUUUAUAGAGAUCAAAAGUGAGAACUGGAGUGUGACUUACCCUAGGAAAGACAAUAGUAGGGGAAAGGACUUGACCAUUAUCUGCCAACCCCUUGCCGGCUGACAGGAGGUGUCACAACUGUGAUAUGAGUCAAUGCACACUGUUCAUCCAGCAGAAAAGUAUCCAUUCCUUUUUAUGUUGUUGUUUCGUUUUUGUUUCUUUUUUUUUCCUACCAAAUUAGCUAGAUGCAUUGACUAAUCCUGAGCAUAUUUGAUCAGCAGAUGAAAAGGAGAGGAACGGGAGAGCCCCUCUGGGGAGCAACUACGUUUUAAAUCAUCGUCACUGUAAAGUGAAACCAGAGCUUAAGAACAGCAGCGUGCAGCCUCCACACUGCUCUUCGUGUAAAGGGACGACCUCAUUCCAAACAUGACAAGAAAAUUCAUGAUUGGGAUGAUAGACGUUGUGUUGAGAGACAUGGUUUAGUGAGAACUAUUGGUGACGGGUAGAUGGUUGAACUGGAUGAUCUUGCAGGUCUUUUCCAAACUUGGUGAUUCUAUGAUUCUAUAUUCAUUUAUAGGAAAAGGGAAAAAUCACUGAAAGCUAUUUAAGUGAAUUGUAGAAUUUGUGAAUUUGUCAUUUUUUAUCCACCUUUUAGGAGUGGAAAGCAAUUGAAAGCACUUUUAAAACCUCAGUAUUCUUCUGGGGGCUUUAACUUUCACUCCAAACAACUCUGGACUUUGGAAACACAUUGCAUUUUUUCCCUCAACAUUUAAAAUGGCUUUAUGAGAAACACUUUGGGAUCUGCAAUUGUUCAGUAGUGUUUAGAAAUUCAAGCAAUUAGAAUAAGGAUUAUUCACCCAAUUCAUAUCAGUUUCCCUGUCAUAACAACAACAACAACGGUCUGCUCAGGGUUAUUCCUCAAACCUGGGUUGCUUAAGUCAUUUAAAUAGAUUUGUACUUCAGAAACAAAAUGAGAGCCAAGAAUUUCACAAUUAAAAGCUCGAGGGCUCUAAAACUUGGCUUCACCUACAACUCUUAACAUUGUUUUUAUUAUCUUAAUCACUAGGUUUUUUUACAUACUAAUUUUCCAUCCCAUUACCAACCGGUGCCAAUCCAACUUGCUUUUCCAUCACCCAGGUGAGCGUUACUCAUGUUUUCAGGGGAAUGUAAAAAAAAAAAAAACCUGAAUAUCGUCAGGACGGCCGUGUCUAUUUUUGUGACUGCUCGUGGACCUCUGCUAACACUGAGUCAGAGCUUGAGAAGCCAUUAGCUUAGAUGUAGCUCCUUGAGUUAUAUCCUGGGGCUCUCCAAAAAUACAGAAAACACUGCUGCUUUUCCAAAUGAAGUUUUCAUGACACAGGGCUAAACAAUUUGAAAUUCUGACCACGCUGGGACCCAGAAUAUUGCAAACACUGAUUAGGUACAGUACCGAUUAGGCAAGGGAGAGAUGAGAUAAGUCACAACAUGUGGUUGUAACAGGCCCCAGCAAAGCAAAGAGCAAAGCAAGACCUCCAGGAAGGCUCUAGAGGCUUCAGGUCCCACCUUGGUGAUCAAAACAAACGUGCCCAAUAACACCUGCAUAGUUCAAAUUAAGCUGUAGCUAAAAGGCUGCAAGACGAGAAGACAGUAUGAAUAACAAUAAAUGAUCUCUUAAAUGAAAGUCGUGUUUUCAUGUCUAGAUCUAUGGAUUAUGUGUUGUGAUCAGAUUGAUGGUUGGACUAGAUAAUCUUAGUAGUCUUUUGCAACAUUAAUGAUUCUAUGAUUCAGAUAAAAGCAGCGUGGUCUAAUGGUUGGCGACCCUGCACAUGGCAGGGGGGUUGAAACUAGGUGAUCUUAGAAGUCCUUUUCAACCCAGGCCAUUCUAUGAUUCUAUGAUGAUAUGAUUUUAUUCUGUGCUAAACUAGAUGAACUGGCUAUCACUUAUUUGUAAGUUGAAUCCAGGAAAGGUUGUUUUGCUGUGUGAAAGCACUAGGGAACAGACUUACACCUCAGGUGAGCCUUCAGUUGGAAGACUGAUUUCUAUCGGCUUUCUGGUACACUGCCUGCAGAGGAACCUUCACAGAGAGAAAAAUAACACAGCUCUCUGCUCUGGUCACUUUUCUGUAUUCACCAGUGUAAACUGGCAAUAAUAGCAAGCAGCUUUCACCAGGGUGAAGCUAACGUGAAUGAAGUCACUUGAAAAUCAUCUCAGACUUAACCAACCUCCUGUAUUACAGGCGUUAGUUCAAGGUUUUGGUUCUUUGCAAACCAAAAGCGAUGAAAAUUUAUCCAUUUUUCAAUUUGGCUCUGAGCAAAAAUAGAGAGACCAAAGUACAAAUAUCCCAGUGCAGAAAUGGAAACCUCAUAAACAUCGUCGUCAUGGUUUAAUAUGAGACGGCUCGGAAGGAAUACUGACUAAUCCCGGCUCAUUGCCCAAGGAGAGAGAAAAAGAGCAAAUAACAUACAAAAGGAGUUCUGGUGUCUCCAUUGCGAGGGAAGAAGUGACUGAACUACCAAGUCGUGCAGUUCUCAAAUGCUGUCUAGCAGCACUUUAACUGCUCUUAGUGCUUAUGUAAGGAGUGAAAGAUGCUGUUCUUGAAGGCCUGUCAAGUCAUUCCUCGUCAACUCUAAACUGCACUGGAGCUUAAUGCCUCACCGUUUUAUUGUGAAGAUAAUUAUAGAGCACAUAGAUUAAGAAGGCAGGAUAAUUUUGCAGCUGUUAAUACCGCUUUUUAGCUGUGCAAACCAGGACAAUAAUGAGAAGGAAACCUCAUUCUUCAAGACAUGAAUUCUUCAGGGACCUCACAAGCAGCAGCAAGAGCAACGCAGCUCAUGACCUCGAAUCAGCAUCUUGCCAACCCAACCUCUAGGAGCUUGAGACUCCACUACAAGCCAUUUAUUUCCUACCUGGGAAAGGUGUAGGACAGCCCCUGCUCUUACUCCAGAUUUCAGCCCAAGAGAUAGGCUCUGCCUUGUUUGCUUAGGACUGUUGACCUUGCUCUAGGGUGACAUGAGCCAAUUGGCCCCAGAUGGGUAAACUCUGGGCACAGUUUCUACACAAAGCUAUUUGGCACUGAGAAUUCAAGCUCAUAGUCAAGUCUGGCUACCACAGGUAAUCUCAGCGAGCUAGAAAAUCUGCUUGUCUGGGUCACUGCCAUAGAGUCGCACAGAGCAUCUUUCCAUCCAUGGGACCUUUUUGUAACUUGUCUGAGUUUAAAAAAAAACUCUGGUUGGCUUGGCACAAGUCUACAGCCCUUAUCUGCCAGGCAGAAACUGGAAGCAUCCCAAUGCUUUUAGGGGGGAAAUUAAAGCAUCAAGGGACAUGAGCGAUUUUACACAGCCACUUAAAGUUCCAAAUUAAUGACAACGUAUGUUGGGGAAGGGUGGGAAGAAGGAAAAACGACAGUUUCAAGCUCAGAGCACUGUUUUCCCAUCAGAAAUGAACCAAACACCCUUUUGUGAGAUACCCCAGGGAUAAGUUACAGGCCAAACAUGUGAAAAUCAAGACUCAUUUUUCAUGUCAUUUACAAGUAUCCUGGCUGGGAGACCUCAUCUCUGCUCAGGUCUCCCAAAUCCAUGGCUUCUCCUUUCCAGGAGACACCUCUAAGAGCUGGCUGUGUCACAUGUCAUGAAGUCUGAAAGCCAGUCCAAACAAUCCUGAGCGCUUCUAUCCAUCCAGAAGACAAAUUACCUUGUUAAAGUCCUGGCUUUCAAAGGAUUUAGGCGCAGCAGCAGUUUCAGGAGGUUCAGUUUAAUCUAGGAAUCCCUGCCUUUCAUGUAAAGCAACUCACACUAGAUCUGAACGCUGGCAAAUAGUCAACUAAAUCCAUUAUUGCAUGAUAAUGCUCAAACAUUUCAUUAAUUCCUUACCAGCUGUCCUCUGCUCCCUUACCCCUUUCAUCACACAAACAUUUCUUUAACUGUCUGAGGGAGGGGAGAGGGAGGAUCAGACGCAGUCUUGUAAAAUUCCUUCACCCGCAUUGCCUGCGGCAAGUUAUUUCUUUUGACAUGCAUGUAAAAUAAUAUUGGGGGUGUUGUUUGUUUGGCUUGGCUGCAUGGCAAAUUUUCGUAACAGUUUUGUAAGCCACGUACCUGCGAAAUGGAGGAACUUGUUGAUGAUCCUGCUGGCUGGUUAAUUAACACUGAUCAUUAAAUAGGGAAGACCACUUGCUCCAAUUUCUAUGCCAAGACAGAGGACAUCGUGUAGAGAGCUGCAAGGCUUUUAGGGAAGGAUAUUGCUCUCCAAUGUCCUAUAGAAUGUUUAGAAAAUCCUUGGGUACUGCCUGCCAGACAAACCAGUGGGAGCAAGGAUCAGCAGCACCCUGGGGGUUUCUCCAGCUAUGUGACCCACAAAAUGGAAACCAAAAAACAUUAUAAAGGUCAGUAAGGAUAUUUGAAGGUCACUCCUGGAUGUUUUCUUCAUGGAAGGCACUAGCUAAAGUGCCUCAGCCUACUACAUAUUGCCUAGGGAGAAAUAACCACUGAGCAACAGGAGUUGACAAAAACCACCCUGUUGAGCAGGCAUCUGCUAAAAGGCAGACCAUAACAAAUGCCAAGGACAGAAGCAGGUCCCCAGACUCACUCUCAACCAUGGCUUAGGGGCUUUUGUCACAUUCCCACCAACAUCAGUCCCUCUCCUGCACAAAAGCAGCACGCUCCUGGACCACAGGAGUGUCCUGUAUCUUGACAGUCGUGUCCAGCGCACACCCACAGAUCUCCUUUCAUUUCUCCUCUGCCAAGACUUGAGGACGUGUUUAUUUAUUAUGGAUUAAAUAUUUGGAGCUGAACAAGAACCUCAGAGGGAAGAGGUGGGUCUGCUUCCUUGGAUUUCUUUUUCCAUCCCUUCACUCUCUUUAUAACAAUUUGGAUUUUUUUUUUUUUUUUAACAAAAAUGUUUGCUUUAUGGAAAAUUACCCUCUCUGGCUCUCAGCUCAGCAAGUGGCUGAGAGUUAACAACACUCCAGUGAAAAUCACAAGGAAAUAAAAUGGAGAAAUAUCUGGACACGUCUGAACACGUCUGGACAUAGCCUGAACACGUCUGAAACGUCAGGGCAAGAUUAAUCAGCCACUCGAUGGGGAUUAACAGUGGAGCACCUCUUUGUGUCGCCUUUCCACCUCUCUGUAGCAAGAAUAACAACUUCAGCACUUCUUCAAUAAUAAUUAUGAAACUGGUAUUAACUGAAUGGCAAUUAUGGAUUUUUAACUCUAACUCACAGUAAACCAGCAAGCCAUAUGUUGAAAUUCCUACCAAAUAGCUUUCCAUUCUUUAUGUCUCGUAUCUACACAAGAAGUUGCAAGAUACUUGUUUGUACAAGAGGAAUAUAAGCAUUACUUGCCUGAGGAACAGAAGGUGAAAGAGAAGACACCCUGACUUGUUUGUGGAGUUAUGGUAGUGUUAUUUAUAUAGAUAUAACAUAUAUAUAUAUUUUUAUGGUAAUGAAAAUGGCUCCCCAGAAUGCUGACUCGGAAUCUAUGCAAGUUCAAGAUCUACCUGUGGCACAGCUUCAGAAACCAGAAAACAAGGAGAAUGAAAGUAGAGAGGAGACCAUCAGUGAAGGAUCCAUAGACCGGAUACCAAUACGCCUGUGGGUGAUGCAUGGUGCAGUAAUGUUUGGCAGGGAAUUUUGUUAUGCCAUGGAGACAGCUUUGGUAACGCCUGUAUUGUUACAAAUUGGUCUUCCUGAACAGUACUACAGCCUCACUUGGUUCCUGAGCCCAAUCCUGGGCUUGAUCUUCACUCCACUUAUAGGUUCAGCCAGUGACCGCUGCACUCUGAGCUGGGGCCGCCGGCGGCCUUUCAUCCUUGCUCUCUGCAUCGGUGUCCUUUUUGGAGUUGCACUUUUCCUUAAUGGCUCCGUUAUAGGUCUGGCUAUUGGUGAUGUCCCAGACAAGCAGCCCAUCGGUAUCGUCCUCACAGUGCUUGGUGUUGUGGUGCUGGACUUCUGCGCCGAUGCAACAGAAGGGCCAAUUCGUGCGUACCUGUUGGAUGUGGUGGACAGUGAAGAACAAGAUAUGGCCCUUAACAUCCAUGCCUUUUCAGCUGGUCUUGGAGGAGCAAUCGGUUAUAUGUUAGGAGGACUGGACUGGACACAGACUUUCUUGGGUGGUAUUUUUAAAUCUCAAGAGCAAGUCCUUUUCUUCUUUGCAGCCAUUAUUUUCUCUGUGUCUGUUGCUCUCCACCUUUUUAGCAUUGAAGAAGAGCAAUACAACCCUCAACAGGACAGGAUUGAUGAGGAAGGAGACACACUUUCUAGUGUCAAAUUCAGUGGUAGUCUCCCCCCUCUGAAUCGACUGAAUGUAAUUAGUGAGGAGGAGCCAUACGGAGCCUCUAUGUUCCACGAUGAGGUUCAGUCAGAGCAUGAUCUCAAUAUGGAAUUCCUCGAGGUGAACAUUGUAAGAAGUAAGAGCGACUCUGUUCUACAUAUGCCUGAUGCUACGCUGGAAAUUGAAUCAGAGCUGCUUUUUCUGCAUGACAUCGAACCCUCCAUUUUUCAGGAUGCUUCGUAUCCAAACACUCCCCACAACACCAGCCAAGAGAUCAUGAAGUCCAAACUCAACCACCUGUCUGCUUUCCUCAGGGACAAUGAAAAAGAGGAGGAAAUGUUGCUUGAUAAUCACUUAAAUGAAGAUAAAGUCCCAAAUAUGAAUGGCUCCUUACCAAAAGAGUUCCUCAAUGGACACGCUAGAAUAGGCAUGAAGCAAUCUAGUACUUCAAACUCCAUGCGGAGGCGGAGGCACAUGUUCUACCGUCAGCCCUCAUACACCUUCUCGUACUAUGGCAAAAUAGGCUCUCACCGCUAUCGCUUUCGUCGGGCCAAUGCCAUCGUCUUGAUAAAGUCCUCACGCAGCAUGAAUGACAUCUAUGACAUGCAGAAACGGCAGCGGCAGAGGUACAGACACAGGAAUCAGAGUGGCACAACGAACUCGAGUGGAGACACAGAGAGCGAAGAGGGGGAAACUGAAACAACUGUUAGACUCUUGUGGUUGUCAAUGCUAAAGAUGCCAAAGGAGCUGCUGAGAUUGUGCGUUUGUCACCUCUUAACUUGGUUUUCAAUCAUUGCUGAAGCUGUGUUCUAUACAGAUUUCAUGGGCCAGGUCAUCUUUCAGGGUGAUCCAAAGGCCCCUUCUAAUUCAACUGAGUUACAUGCCUAUAAUGCUGGCGUUCAGAUGGGAUGCUGGGGACUGGUAAUCUAUGCUGCUACUGCUGCUGUUUGUUCAGCCUUGUUACAGAAAUACUUGGACAACUAUGACCUUAGUAUAAAAGUGAUCUACAUCCUGGGCACGCUGGGAUUUUCUCUUGGCACUGCAGUGAUGGCAAUAUUCCCCAAUGUGUACGUCACCAUGAUAAUGAUCAGCACUAUGGGAAUAGUUUCUAUGAGCAUCUCCUACUGCCCCUACGCACUUUUGGGACAAUACCAUGAUAUUAAAGAGUACAUUCACCACAGCCCUGGGAACUCAAAGCGAGGAUUUGGCAUAGACUGUGCUAUUCUGUCGUGUCAGGUUUACAUCUCCCAGAUCCUUGUGGCCUCUGCCCUUGGUAGUGUGGUGGAUGCGGUUGGCACAGUCAGAGUCAUUCCCAUGGUGGCUUCAGUGGGAUCUUUCCUGGGGUUUUUGACAGCUACCUUCUUGGUGAUUUAUCCCGAAGUCAAUGAAGAGCCAAAGGAAGAACAGAAAGGACUGGGUCCUCCAGAGACAACUGAGGGCAACAGCACAGGCGCAGAGAAGCCAACUGUCCUGAAGCUCACACGCAAAGGAACCACCACAUCGGAGCUGGAGGGCGAGUCAGCUGUGUGAGGCCGCUGCUUGUUGCUCACCCACAUUCCAGGGAGUGCAGGUGCAGGAUCAAGAACUCUUCUUUUAUUUUUUUUUUCAGGAAAACAAAUUAAGAUCUUCACUACUUGUAGCUAAAAUUGCAGAAGAAAAGGCAGUUUCAUGCAAAAAUGUAAAUGAAGUUCUGUAGUCCUUAAUAUAGGUUUGAACAGGUAGCUAUGAUGCUAAUUGCUUUCUCUACAACUUAGAAAUGUCAUUUCUGAACACUUUUUUAUUACCAAUACAUUUAGAUUUCAAAUAAGUUUUAUUAAUCUGCAUGAGACUCACAGUGUAUACAAUUAGCAGUUAGAAAAAUUAAGUUUUUGGCUGUUUUUAAACUAACUGAAAAUGGAAGCUAUCUUGACUUACAGUCUCCUGCUGUUUAUUUGUCUGAACAUUUCCAAUUUCACUAGUGCAGUAGCUGAAUGAAAUGCUUAGACACCGUGAUCAGUUCUUUUCAUAAGCAUAUUAUUGGUCUGACAGCUACAGUUCUUGAAUGUUAAUUUUAGACGUCACAUUUUUGUUAGUGCAAUUGCUGGAGAGUUGUUCUAUUUUCAAGAAAAAAAGCAAUUACUGCAGUUUCUGAGAAACUGCUGUGAAUCCUUUUGGUCAUACUGUUCAACAACUGCUCCCAAAUCUGCUGCUUGUAGGUGACAUUGGGUGCAUGAUGUGAGCUGUAGGUGGAAGGAGCAGCAGCUGGGAGAGGUGAUCAGCACUCACAGGUUUUUAUCACGAGUGCUGAAUUUGAUGAAUGUCAUUGGAAUACGCUGUGACAAUUUUUUAGCUGGGAGUUUUGCGUACUGGUGAGCUCUGGGGCUUUCUUGGCAUUUAAACUUAAUCAUCUCUGGAUGAAGCUGCCGUGGAGGAGGGUGUCCCUGGGGUCAGCUUUGUGGGAUGGGUGUGCAAAUUCUCAUUUGGCGGAAGGAAGUCAUUGCUUACUUGCACUUUUUUGCUCCUUUAACCUCCAGGCUGGGAACGCAGCAGUCAGGUUAAAGGCACAGAGUCAGUACAACAAGGUGAACCGAAGGCCUACCUCUGUAACUUUAUGGCAUAGUCUGGUUGUAUAAAAAUUUGUGUCAGAAACAGUUUUUAGGCCUUAAAAUCCAAUCCACUCACAUGUGUUGCUGUUCCAGUCCCUGUCUUGGAGGAGUUGUAGGCUGAAGCUCUUCUGAGCUGCUCUACCAAUUUCGUCAGCGCAACCUCCGUGCCCCUUCCUUGAUUCAGGACAUAGCUGCAGUGCAAAGACAUUUUCUGUGAAGAGCUUAAAAGAGUUGAGCUAAUCUGAUUUACAGUUUUAUUUGGAUUGCUGGCAGUGCCCCGGUCCGUGGGCAGACAAAGCUCGGAGAUCCGGCAGCCGCUUUAAAAGCAACUUCAGAAACUGAACUUCCAUCUGUCGUCUUCUAAGGAGCGUUUGUGAUGCUGUUUCCUCAUUUUGGCGUGGACCUACGGGCUGCAGUCAGUCCAUGUGCUAUAAACAGACAAAUCACAGCUCAUCGUAAGAUUUCUGCUGCCUCAAACUUGUGAUACUACAGUACUUUAAACUGCAUGUGUAAAUCAUGCUGCAAUAUAGUCAUUCGAAAGAAAAAUAUAUAUUUCAAAAUGAAAAGCAGUUUUUAAUAAAUUACUUGAAUUGUCAUGUAUUUAAGAAAUGUAUGUUUUGGUAUAUUUGAAGCUGACACUCAGUUUUGGCUGGCAUGGGUGACGAAUUCCUGGUGGCAUACGUGUGUUGUGAGCUGAAGGCUGUCAGUCAGUGUGAUGUCCUCUGCUGUCAAGGGUGACAGUGUUGUGUUUAGGCUGGUGGAAUUCCGAGCACUAAAGUACAUGGAAUCGCAUGGGACUUCUUUUUUUUUUUCUUUCCAAGUGUCUCAAAAAAGUCUUUUUUUUUCUUAAGGUGAAUAUUAUUUUUAUUUAGAACACAUACUGUGAAAUGUGCUCUGACAGGGGAAUAGUACUACUGAAGAAUGUGAGACCUUAUUGAAGAAAGCAGUUGUGAGAAAUACUUUAACUGAACUUCUGCCGUGAAUUUUAUCAUCUCAGUUACAUUUAAUAUAUUCUGGUGAUACUCAUAUAUGUAGAAGAGAUGCGUGUUGUAUUUCACCCUAUAACUGGCAUUCGUGUAAAGUACAUACUGAGUUAGACAUUUUAAAGUGGCUUUACUAUUUUAUUUUUAAAACUUCUUGAAGAUUCUGCUUUGGUUUAAAUGAACACUGUCAAGUACUCCUUAUGUGAACCUUAUUUCUUGCAAGGUUCUGCUACGCUUUUUAUAGCUGCCAGCCUUACCUAUUUCCCCACCACUCACGAGUUCCAUUGAUGGUGAAUGUAGCUUCCAACCACCGCUGCUCUGCAUAGCACCUUUGUAAGCCAAGGUUUCUUUCACAGCACAGUCGAGCCCACCAAGGUCCAGCUGCAAGGAGGGAGGAGAUGCUGAAGCUCCCUCUUGCAGACUGGUGUUGCAUGCAUUUAUUUAGUUUUCUAUGUCGUGGCAAGUGGUGAGGGGGGAGAAGGACAUUUCCAACCUAGAGACUUUCAGUCAAAAGCAGAGCAGGUCUAGUUUGUCCCAGCAUCAUUUCUAGGAACUGACAUUGAAAUUCAGAUACGGGAUUGUUUAUGGCAUUGUUUAGUGUGUUUGUAACACAUAAAUAUGCACAGUGCUUUGUAGCAGGAAGCUCUAUUUCACUGCCCUACAAAACCGAAGGAAAUAAUUAUCCAUUGUAAACACGCCGAAGUAUUUGUAGUAUUGCCAGAAGAAUUAACGUGGGGCAGCCCCUGCCAAAGCAUCUCCUCCUGUCCCUCGGCCAGGCUGUGAAAGCACAGCGCUCACUUCCCUUGUGCUCGCAAGGGGUCAUUUCUGACAUCUGUUGAUACAAUGCUUUCUCUUGGAUUUGAGAACUUUCCUUUUUACCCCGGCACUUCUCAGGGUGGAGGGGGCACUCAUUUAUUUCUAAAUGCGUCCCUCGCCUUUCGAUACAGAACUUUUUUUUUUUUGCCACAAUUAAAAUAUAAAUUAGUACGAUUUUACAUCUUUAUUGCAGAAGAGAGAGUUGAAGGGGCUUUACUUAAUUCCUGAUGAUAGCAAGUAUCCUUGUUGUUUGCCAGUAUUACUGCACAGUCCAACUCAUCCUGCGUGCUCCAUCUCGCAGGACCUUCACUGCAGUAGGUUUGUGGUUUUGUGGUUUCACUCCAAGUUGCUCUGUACUGUAAACAAUUUUAACGUAUUUUGCUGCAGUCUUUGGUGGCAUGCAAUGCCCCUACAUGAGACACUGUUGGAGCUCAGAGUGCUGAGUGUUUCACUAGGACUCUGCGGUCGGCAAGCUGCACGUCCUGAAGUACUUCACAUGAAAGCAGAGCAGCUCAAACCGCACCGCUCAGAAAGACGCAGUGGGGAUUGUGCACCAUUGGGUUAUCACAAGAGUCUCAUUGGGCUUGAACUGUUUGUGGCUGGCAAUUACAGAUUCCAGAAGCAAUAAUUUCUUAGGAAUGUUUCCCUUCCUGCUGGUUAGAUGACUUUCAUGGAGAUUUAUGACCCAAACAGGCUUUUUAUAAUAUGAAUCUGGUUGUGUUGGCUAGCGCUGGCAGUAAGCAGUUAUGGUAAGACGUGGGUUGUUCAUCAUUAGGAGGGAGGAAGUCAAUAAAUCCAACAGAGGUUAGUGCUCCUUGAAACACAGUGUCCUCUUUCCCUUUCGUUUGGAGCCCUUCCCUGCAGUUUGAAAUAAUCCCUGCUCAGAGGGGAGCUGGCAUUUACCCUCCCAGCUUCACCAGUGCAACUGCAGAGCCCAUGGUGAGUGGGGCUGAGCCUUUCUCAUCCCUUUCCCAUCUCAUCCAAAUUCCCCAAGCACUUGAAUGACAACAGCACCAGAAAUGAUUAGUGCCAGAUACCUCAAUAAAGCCUCAGUUCCGUCAUUAAAAAUGCAUGUGCACCCCCUGUGCUGAGCUUGGCCUUCAUCACCCUUAUCACCAUCACAGAAGGCAGGCUUUUCACGGCUGUGGUGCAUCUCCUUGCACCAAUGUGGGUUGCCAGUAAAGGUGGAGGAAGUUGUGGUUGGUACCUGGGAAGGCUUCCUUCAUGCUGGGCAGGCAGGGGGCAGCGGUUUUGGUGGUCACUCCUCUUUUCAGUAAUUUUCUCUAAAUGAGAAUCUGGCUCGCCAGCCACUCUGCGGUUCGGUCUCUGCGAUGAAUUCUAGUUCAAUCACUGAGAGUUUUUUAGGUGUGUGUGUGUGUGCGUGCAUGUGUCUGUGUGUAUAUAGCUUCAUAUACACACUGUUCAGGCCAAAAUACCGUUGGUGGUUGUGUGCUCUUUGUCACUGUACUCGACAGUGUUUUCAACUGAGUUCUUCCAGGUUUUCCCUCAUCCUUGUCUGACACGAGACGAGCUCAGCUAUAAAUAUAUAUCCUAUUUAAGUGAGUAAGUGAACUCCUGCAUGAUAUUCCAAGCACAUGUAGCAGCUUCGGCAUCUGAAGUAUCUGUUGUGAAAGAGAAGUUGGUUUUAUUUGCAGCUGUUUUGUUCUUGCUUCCUUUUAAUAGGCCAAAUAAAUGUAAUGAACACCAAAUGUUGCACAGAAAUGUUAUGAAUGACUGUGUAGAAGAGAUACCAAAUUUUAUUUUUCUUUGCAGAAACUUUAUGGUAACAGAGAGUCCUCUAGCUGUUAUUCUUAAAUGACAAAGCUGAACAUUCGUGAAGUGCGUUGAAAAUGGUCAUUUUAAGACGUGAUGCUACCCAAAGUUUUCUGUUUCUCAUGUUGCAUCCAGAAAAAGCAGUUCCCAGAGGCAAGCUGCAGGAGCUCAGGUACCAACUGCUGUUUGGGUUUUGAGGCUCAGCAAGUCCUGGGCAGUUCAGAAAUAAAUUACAUUAGAUAACUUCCUAAAGGCUCAGUUGUCCUUCUGUAAUGUGGCAGUAGCACGUGGCUUCGGUCUGCCCAAGCAGCAGGGUCUGCUUGUUCGCAUAUUCACUUUGUUUCGUGAUUUCAAUUGGAUUUCCAGGGGGUGGUCUGCAUUUGACUUCUCCCCCUCAUCCUUCAGCCUUGCAGUUCCUCACCCUGGAGAGGUCUGACAUGGAUGAAAAUUACGGCCGUGUAGUGGCAAAUAUUUUCCCUCAAAAAAAAAACCAAACAGAAUGUUUCUUCUCAAAUUCAAAGGCUUUUGCUGUGUUUGUGGCCUGCUAAAGCUUUACAGAAAGGCCAGGGCACAGAUUCAGUUCAGCAUUCUCUGACAUGCUGUCCUUAAAUUUUGGAACUGGGGAUAGAGCUCUGGAAGCAAAGCCUACCUUGAGGAGAUCAUCCCCUUAGCAUCCACCUGUUUGCUACUCAGUGGUAGCCAAACUGUAGUAAACAGCCCCAAAACCAGAAAGACUUAACUAUUAACAAAUUGGCAGUUCUCAAUUAUUACUCUUUAUUCUGAUGUAACAUGAACACUAAGCCCUUUUGGUAGCCAAAUGACCAGCUUGUUUUAAAUGCCUCAUAUUAAUAGAAAGCUGCAUAUAGGCAUCUCAUAGCAGAAAAAAUAAAAAAGAGAAUAUUUAGUUCCUGUGUGAACUGGCCAUACGACAACUACUUUUUUAUCAACUUAUUAAGUUGGGGCACUAUAAUAGCUCUUGCUGAGUUUAGCAAUGUUUAUAAGCAUGUGUUAAACACAUAACGUUAAGUUUUAUGAGGAAAAAGGGAUAAAGAAAAGUAAUGUCACAGAUGAAUGUUUGAGUGCGUAGACGGCAUAACGUAUGUAUGUUUUUUAUUUCUACACUGUUGAGCUUAUUUUCUGUUUUAAGGUUAAAACAAAAAAAGUUGUUGCAUGAGAACUGUUUUAUUGUGUUCUGCACUUUCUGUUCUUUUUGUAUAAUAUCUUGGUUUUUUUUUUUUCAUUUACGCAUAGAAAACAAAAAUCAAUUUAGAGAUAUUCUACUCCACAAGACAUUGUGUUCCAAUCCGUUGUUCUGAAGUUCAAUCUUAAUAAACGUUUCAGUAAGA